AUGAGUGCAAACCACGCGCACCAGCCCGUCGCGCCGCGGCAGAACACGCAACCUCAGCGCAAACCGACCGGCGCCUCGGACCGUCUCCUAGCCGGCGCGCAGUAUGGCCUCCAUCCUGCCACAGAGGGCGGAGUGAGCGAUGAGCCAACGUCCUUUGCCUCUGGACCAGCGGGGUUGGAACGACUCACGAUCUCGCCGCAGUCCACGCUAUCUGCCGCCUCAGCAUCCUCAACACCUCCGCCACUCCCGCCCAAGGUUCCCGCGCACACAGUCCCGAAGUACACCGCCUCGCGGAGUGGAUCUGUCUCCAUCGCCCCCGAGUCCCCAGUCUCGGCUCAGAAACACCGAGUCGCCGCCCCCGUACCGAUCGGGCAGCGUCCACCGUCGCCUCCGAGGCAGAGGCGCGUUCCGCCUCCGAUUGAGCUGGGCGAGAACUCUCCACUCACACCUCCGCUGACGCCGAGAGGAUCGCCGCGGGAGUCACACCACCCGCACCAGCGCACGACUAGUGGGUCCAGACCGCUGCCUCAGAUUCCACAGGUAUCGUCGCGCACGCCCCCGCCUCGGUCUCCCCAGACAUCAACCUCUCACGGGUCCCAGGGACUGCUCCCCGAGUCGCCCCGGACACGAACGGUGCAGAAUGCGCCUCUGUCGCCGUCGGGGGCGACGACAGCGGACGCGCAGCAGAGCACGAAGACUCCUGUCCCGACUAGCCCGCAGAGAAUUCGGAGGACAAGCGCGGAUAUCCAGAGGUCACAGCCACCGAUCCAGUGGACCCGUCAACCCGUCGCGACGGAAACUCAGCCAGCAGCGAGUGCUCCUCCGAGGGGAAUGGGCCAGGGACAGCCUCGCGCUACCUCUCUCGGCGCGGGGCAGCAUCCUGACGCUCUGUCGACACGGAUGCGGCCAACAAUGCCACAGGCACCUCGCGCGGCUUCGAUUGCCGUCGAGGGGCCACAGACACGUGCCCACGCGCAUUCGAUCACGUCCCGAGCGGCGACGACUGCCGAUAAGAGACCGGGGUGUCCACAGCUGGAACAGCCACUACGCGCAGCGACCGUGGCUGUAGAGAGCCGACCGACGCCAUCAGAGAAGGCUCAACUAAGCGUCGAGGGACGGGAAGCUGCACAAGUGCCCGAGAAACAGACCUCGGCGGCGUCGGCUCCCGCCAAAGUUCCCGCCUCUGCUACUGCCACCCCCGGCGCUGGCCCAUCCCAGCCCCCGAAGCCGACCAAGGCCACCGCCUCCGCCUCCCUCCCCGCCCCCACACCGCCGAGGAAGGAUCGCCCAAAGGCGCAGCCGAAGGACAAGGCGAAGGCUGCGGGCAAGGAGCCAAUCACGAAGGUGUCCUACCUCGAUCCAUGUCUCCAGAAGUCCCUCCUUACGGUUCCGGCGGCGAUGACGACGACGGCGGACGCGGCCCUGAGUGCAGUCGAGGCGUACCCCGAGCAAGACUUCAACUGGACGAUCGGGGCGCCGAUUGGCGGCCUGGGCGGGCUGGCGAAACACUACGUGUUGCGGCCGGAUGCCAAGUUCCAGACCGAGAAUGGGGGGAUCAGCCUCACGCUCGCAGUCGUCGAUGAGCGGGGCGGGGGCGUGCCGUCGCCUGCGCCCACGCCCGGGCCGGACGGCACGAUCCCGCCAAAAGUGAAGCAGGGCCGGACGAAGGCGCGUGUCGAGGUACGCUCCGACCGCGGCGGCAUCCUCAUUGAUCUGAAGGAGCUGGACGCCAACCGGCAAAUCGACCUGCUGGUCGAGACGCGCAAGGGCGAUGUGUUGUUGUUGCUGCCUGAGAACUUCCUCGGCCCGAUCCACGUGCGCGGCGAGGAGCCCGUGUUCGGCUCCAUCCUCAGACCGCAGCUCGACGAGGUCGUAAACCCUUACGAAGAUCUGUGGACUACGAACGUGAUUCCGCUCGGGAGCGAGCGGGGCGCGGGGCGCAAGAACAAGUUCCGCGCUCACAAGCUCAUGAAGGGCAUUAGCAAGUAUGUCCCCGAGGCGCUUAGGGAGCAGGACGAUUACCUCGACAUGGCGAUGAGCAGCUAUACGACGCUGAAGAAGGGGGACCAGUCCAAGAUUUUGAUUAAGAAUGAGAAGGGCAAGGUGUGUGUUGGGAUGGGUGGGACCAGGGAUGUGAAGGACCUCAGGGAGAAGGAGGAGAUCAAGGUCGGCGCUGUGGAGGGGACGAAGAAGCAUUGGUGGAGCUAG